AUGGCCACACCAGCACACGCGGGCCCGGGCCCCUCCUCUUCGUCCGCACCCCCAAUCAUGACAACUUCAACGGAGCAGUUGUCCGAUCUAUCAGACGCGGACGCAGAUGGAGAAGUGGAGCACGAUCAGCUAGACGAGUCGGAAGACGACGACGACGAGUCCUCUUCUGUGCUUGGGAGUGAUCUAUUGAACCCCCCGAAAUGGAUCAAGUAUACUACGAAGCAUCUGUAUGAUAUGAUAAUUCAGGGAGACAUUGAUCUCGACCCUCCGUACCAGAGAGGUGAGUGCCCCUACCGUCUCACUCAACGCUCUGAUCUCACGUCGGCAUUUCCCCGCUUAUCCUCUACGUGCACUCCGCCAGCCCUCGUCUGGUCAACUCCCAAGCAAAUUAAACUUAUCGACUCUCUUUUUCGGAACUUUUACAUCCCACCCGUGGUGUUCGCCGUACACAACGACCGCGAGGGAGGACGUACAAGAGUCUGUGUCGAUGGGCAACAGAGGCUCAGAUCUAUAUUUCACUUUUUGGAUGGAUAUAUGACCAAGAAGAAAUGGUGGUGGAAGAGCGGGAUCAAACCCGAGUCUCGCAAAAUCCUCCCGAGGCUGGAGAAGGAUAUAUUCGAGAAGAUCGAGCUCCAUUGUGUCGAAUACGAGCACCUGGACCAAAUGACGGAACGCGAGAUAUUCCAACGGGUCCAGUUGGGCGUUGCGCUUACGGCCGCAGAGAAGCUUCAAGCUAUCGCCUCCCCUUGGAGCGAAUGGAUAAACUCCCUAAGGAGCAAGCACAUCCUUAUCGAUAAUGGUCUAUCCGUGCUCCUCGCCUGGGACACCAGCCGAGCCCGCGACUUCCAGAAUAUCGCGCAGAUCGUAUAUUGUUGCGAUAAACUCGCGUCUUCGGUGUCUACACCGACUCCUUCCUCUUCCAAAUCGAAGUCUAAGCACUCCACCUCAAAAGCGAAAGCGAGAGUCCUACCCUCCUCGGCGCGUAAACGCGAAGUGCCCACCCCGCAGAAAAUCGAGCGGUGGCUCCAGCGCACGGACGAGCCGUCCCGUGUAUUCAAGCGGGACAUCGACGAUGUGCUGUGCUUCAUGACGGAGGUGGCUAGCGGGGCCAGCGGGGGUGGUAAUGGAUAUGGAUACAGGCAGAAGAAGAGGCGGAGACUGGUGAAUGGGUUUGAAAUGGAUGGGAAGAGAGUCGCCCCAGUGGAGUUUGUGUUUAUUGGUGUACUAUUAUACGUCACGCGGGACGUUGAAGACGACGAGUGGCGCGCACUCUCUAUCCUCAACCUCCGUAAACGCGUACGGGGAGAGCACACCGACAUCCGUAUGAACCCAUCCUGUGCGCGUACUUUCUGGAGGUUUAUAGAAGAUCUCGAAGAGGAUCUUGAACAAGCAAGGGAAAUCGAGGCUGAAGGCCCCUCCAACAGCAAACCCAACCACCCCUCUGCAUCCAAGACAGCAGCGAAGACCAAGAAUCAAACGAAAGCGUAUCUAAGCGAAGCAGGGACUAAUUCCAAGCUCCCCCCAUUCCACGCGCGACCCAACGACUCAAUCAUCACGGGCAGUAACGUUGUAGCCACGCCCAGGACCCAGCGCAUCGCCAUCACACAGACACCGAAACGAACCCAGUCGCAGAGGCAACUGCCGACACCGACGUCGUCGCUAAAACGCAAGCGUGGUGCGCGUGAUGCAGACGGGAGCGACUUCGACCCGGAUGUGGGGGAUAGAGGACGGGGUGAAGGGGAUAUUGAUAUGGAGAAUGGGGGUAAUGGGGAAUGUGACAAUGUCGAUGAGGACGACGAGAGCCCGGUGUACUACGACCCGGAUCGUCCGGUAAACCAUAAGGAGGCGAAGCGGUCGAGGGCUAGGAUAGUCAAUCGGGGGUGGCGCAAGUGA